AUGCUGCAGAAGACUUUGUAUGCACUACGCCGAUGCGCAUCGCGCUUUCUCACCUCUCGACCUUCCAUUGUCUCCUCAUCGCGGACAUACACUUCCAUCAGCGCUCCCACGUCGCGGUUAAUCGGGAGAACCACCGCAUGCUAUCCUCAGCAACGGCGAUGGGCCACAAAUGGAGCCCAAGAAAAGGAGAGCAAGCCUCCCGUCACUGAAGUAGAGCCCACGAAAUCAGAAGCAGCCGAGAAUGCAGCUCAAACCCAGGCUGCCAGCACAAGAGCUGCUCCCCAAGCUUCAGAGUCUGCGAACAUCACCGAGGCUGCAGAAGAAUCUCUUCCGGCUGCAGUGAUCAAUGAAAAGCUCACUGCCGAGACUGGGCCUGCGCCGACCGGCCCUGCGCCAGCAGUUGCAGAAACCGCCAAUGCGACCGAAGCAACAGAGGAGGCAUUACCUGCUGCUGAGACGGGCGAAAGAUUGACAGCCGAUUCACAAACUGCACGUUCGCAGUAUCCAACCCAGGGUAAUGCUGGCAUGUUUGACAAAAAGCCUACACUUUACAUUGGCAAUUUGUUCUUCGAUGUCACUGAAACCGACCUUGUCAAAGAAUUCGCCCGCUUCGGCACCGUGACCACGUGCAGGAUCGUUCGGGACCCCCGUGGCUUAAGCAAAGGAUUUGGAUAUGUCCACUUCUCCACGCAGGAGGCCGCAGAUGCGGCUAUGGAGAAUCUUAACAUGUCCCUCUUUGAAGGUCGUCGCAUCACAGUUCAGUACGCUGCACGCCACUCCGGCAUCCUCGACAAGCAGGAUGCCGAGCGCAAGCCCAUCAAUCCUCCCUCCAAGACUCUUUUCAUUGGCAACAUGUCCUUCGAGAUGACCGAUCGCGAUCUUACGAAUUUGUUCCGUGGCAUAAGAAAUGUCAUCGAUGUCCGUGUCGCCAUUGAUCGACGCACCGGGCAACCGAGAGGGUUCGCGCAUGCAGACUUCAUUGACGUCAAGAGUGCCAUGGAAGCGAUGAAGCUGCUGCAACAGAAGGAGAUCUACGGUCGAAAACUGAGAGUUGAUUUCUCGUACUCCUCCGCAAAUAGGGCUCCCAGGAACGACCCGCCCGUUGAAAAUAACUAG